AUGGAUAUCAUCACCGAUCUGUGUAUUAUGUUCCUGCCGAUUGCCAUCAUUAUACGCUCUAAUCUCCCUGGUCCGCAAAAAAUUGGGCUAGUAAUCCUCUUCGCGCUCGGCCUCAGUGUUAUUGCUAUAUCGGUUAUUCGCAUCUCAAAGGUCAACAAAUACCGUAAACAGCCACCCCUCAUCCGGCUGUUAUUCUGGAGCACAGUGGAGACAGGGGUAGCAAUUAUAACGUGCUGCAUCACCACUUUCAAAUCCCUUUUAAACCAGCGAAAAAAGCGACCUUCACGCCAUGUAUACUACCUCACGUUCUGGUUUUCAAACACCCGCAAUUUGAACUCCGGGCGUGUACAACAAAUUAUUGACAUAGAAUCGAGACAGACAUCUUUGUCGAAGUAUUCCAAAGGGGAAGCCGAGAGAGGAGCACGAACAGCCGGCGGAUAUUUGGUCGAUCGGAAACAUGUCAGCGCUGCGAGUCUUGCGUUGGAUAGGAAUACGACCAAAUGGUACGAUGAGGAUUCAAUCCAGGAAACUCUGAGUGAUGGCUCGUUGGACCUUUCCAGCCGUCAGGCAAAACUUCAAUAUUACCAGAACCCUCGGCAUCUGGAGGAUAACAGUCUCAGUCCUCAACUGCCGAGUAAGGCACGAACUGCGAUGCGACCGACGGCAACCCUGCGGAACCUGCACCCAGCGAUGCCUGGAUGCCUCCUGCUCCGAGCUCCCACUCUGCACGAUAGGAUCAAGCAGCUAGAAAGCCUAGUAGUCGACCUGAUGCAGAAAACUUCAGAUACUCAGAUACCAGCAACUUCAUCGCUCGCCGCGGAGCGCUCGACUGCAUCUGCUCUGAGUGCAGGUAUCGCCAGCAAUGCCUCUCCGGCCUCUGACUCUGGUAGUAUGCGGUUGACCACCUCAGGUGCGAGCUACGUUAACAGCUCCCACUGGGCUGCUAUCCUCGAUGAAAUCGCAGAAAUCAAAGAUCAUUUCGAACGAGAGAAAGAAGUCCAAGCUAGUCCUCCGCCCUCUGAUCUGUCUUUUCCUGGUUGGACAAGCCCGCAGCUUCUAUAUGGCUGUGCUAAUCUCAUAACCAAGGAAGAAAUACUGGCCUCAAUCCCUCCUCGGCCAGUUGUUGAUCGGCUGGUCUCGCGUUACUUUAAUUGCUUUGAGAUGUCUCCAGCUGUUCUGCAUAGCUUUCAGUUCCUGAAGGAGUACGAAAUUUUUUGGGAGGAUCCAUCAGCAGCGCCGGUUAUAUGGCUUGGUCUCCUCUUCACCAUCAUGUGUCUUGCGACACUAUUUCAAAAGUUCAGGUUGGACCCUAACGUCCAAACCCCCGAGAGCAUAUCGAUAGAGCAAGACUUCCAGAGGAAGAUGGAAGGCUUUCGGCAAAAUAUCGUGCAUUGCCUUAUUUUGGGCAAUUAUACUAAAGGGGGCCCUUAUGUACUCGAAACGCUCAUUCUAUACUUUACCGUUGAGCUCUUUACCCACCCUGAUGCUGAAAUUGGUGUUUGGAUACUCCUAGGCACUAUAGUUCAGCUUGCGAUCAUAUGGGCUACCAUAGAGAUCCAAAACACUUUCCGGAAGGAAUGUCCCCCUUUACAGGUGAAAUGCGAAAACGGGUCUGGGCAACCAUUAUCGAACUUGACCUUGGCCGAUACGAAAGAACCUUCAAAUUUACAAGAUAGUGAUUUUGAUGAAUCUACGGUAAAUAUGCCACCAUCACGGCCUGAAACGGAUCUCACGCCAAUGCUGUACCGCCUGGUGAAGUGCAGGAUGAUGUCAACGGUUGGUUAUAUAUGGGACUUUGCUGCUGACACCAGGUCCUACACCUAUAAUGAGGUGAUGAAGAUGGAUAAAAGGCUACACGACGCUCAUGAAUCAAUUCCAGAAUGCCUCAAGUGGCACUCGAUGGUGCAUAGUAUCUUGGACUCGCCACAGAUUAUCAUGCAAAAGGUAUUCCUAGAUAUUAUAUUCCACAGGGCUAGGAUCGUACUACACCGGAAGUACUUAUAUUGCUCGCCAACGAAGUCGCAAUACAGCCAAUCUCAACAGGCAUGCUUAAACGCGGCACUCGAGCUUCUCAAGUAUCAGCAUAUACUACAAGAAGAGACACAGCCCUUCUGCCGACUCUACCAGGAGCGAUGGAGGGUAUCAUCUCUAGUCAACCAUGACUUCCUCCUAGCCACUAGCAUCCUCUGCUUCUAUCUGCAGAAGACUCGCGGCGAGACGCAUGAAGGUGCCGAAGUGUUGCAAGUUGACGACAUGUGGGCAACUCUUAGGAGGUCAUACGAUAUCUGGCUUCACUCAAGCGGUUCAUCAAAGGAGGCACAAAAGGCAGCAAAAGCAUUGAGAGUGGUUCUCAGUACUAGCUGCAACGCCUCCAGUACAGGUUUGGACGUUGAAAUAAAUACUCCGCUCGAGCAAGCCAACCCUGCUGGAUUCGACAUCCAAUCCCCAGCCUUUGAUGCAACGAUGUUGGCUAGCUGGGCAUCUCCGACAAACGAACACCUCGGGGGUUUUGCAGCUCCUACGUCUACUUCAAAUGUUGACCGGCAGGCGGUGGGCGAACCAACGCACAUCAUGAACUCGCUGCAAUGGCCAUGGGACGUGGACUACUCCAAUGACCCCUAG